GUUUCUAGGUCGCUUCCGGGAACCAGGCCGCGCUUCCGGCCGCGCGCGCCUCUCUGCUCUGCUUGGGGCCGCGCGUCAGGUACUGCACCUACCUCUCCUAACACCUGCGCCUCAGCCCUUCCUGCGUGAGGGACGCCGUCUGGUCCCCUCUGCAGGCACUUCUGAGUGGACGGGCCUGGGUUCUAGUCCUUGACUGGAGCAGUUGUUUCCGCCUCGCUUUCCUUGUUGGUGGGUUAGAACGAUAACCCGCUCGUGCAGAGCCGUUCGCCGCUUGGAGGUGGAGUAGCUGAAUGUUCUUGGAGUGGUCAGUGGCAGCGGCAGUGGCUGUUGUGUUCUUGUGUUCUCUGGACCUUUCUUCUCCUUCAUUCUUUAAUCCGUUAUUUAUUUGGAGAACUUAUGUUGCUCUCCUGUUUGCUGAUUCUCUUCCUUCUCUCCUCCGCACCUCAUCUCCCUUUUCUGCCGGCUCCUGCCUUCCUUCUUACAGGGACUGGAGAGGGGCCCCUCCGCCACCUGCUUCCAGGGCACCUUCCGUCCUGCUGGCUGUCAUCAGUGGUUCACACCAUCAGCAUCUGGGUGGUGGAGACCAUAUCAGUCCUCAUUCACUGGCCCAAAGGAGUCACUGGGCUUCUCUUACACCCCCCUUCCAGGCAGUUGCGGCUGGGACCUCCUACCUGGGCUGCCGGUCAAAGAGCAGGAAGCAGCGAUGUCUGCCAUGGGUCCUGCAGCUCCACACCUGCAUCGCCCUGGUGACAGUCACAGUGGCUGCAUGAGUUUCCUGGGCGCCCAGCUGCCUCCAGAGGUGGCAGCAAUGCCCCAGCUCCUGAGGGACCUGGACAGGGGCACGUUCAGAAAGUUGCUGAAGCUGGUGGUCAGCAGCCUGCAGGGAGAGGACUGCCGUGAGGCUGUGCAGCGCCUCGGGGCUGGCGCAGACCUGCCUGAGGAGCGGCUGGGGGCCCUGAUCGCUGGCACACACACCCUGCUCCAGCAGGCCCUCCGGCUGCCCCCGGCCAGCCUGAAGCCCGAUGCCUUCAAGAACCAGCUCCAGGAGCUCUGCAUCCCCCAAGACCUGGUCGUGGACUUGGCCAGUGUGGUGUUUGGGAGCCAGCGGCCUCUCCUUGACUCUGUGGCCAGGCAGCAGGGGGCCUGGCUGCCCCACGUUGCCGACUUCCGGUGGAGGGUGGACGUGGCCAUCUCCACCAGCGCCCUGGCCCGCUCCCUGCAGCCAAGCGUCCUGAUGCAGCUGAAGCUCUCGGAUGGGUCAGCCCUCCGCUUCGAGGUCCCCACAGCCAAGUUCCAGGAGCUGCGGUUUGGUGUGGCCAUGGUCCUGAAGGAGAUGGCCGACCUGGAGAAGAGGUGCGAGCGCAAACUGCAGGACUGAGCCUUGCUCGCCGGUCCCCUUCUGGUCACUGGGGAUAGCUGGCUCAGACCUGUGUCUCCAGAGCAAAGGCUUCCCAGGAGGCACUCCAGUGAGUGUUUGAGUAUAAUUGUGUAUUUCUCUAAGUGAAGGAGGUAGCUGUGUCUCUCCCUUUUUUUUGGAAUUAAAGCAGCUA